GGUAGAAUCGAUGAGCUGCUAUAGCAUUUUGUUUUAACAAUGAAAACGUUGUUUUGACAAAGAGUGUCGUGCUGUUAACUUUUAUGACUGUGUACUGUGAUAGUGUGUAUAGUUUGAAUGAUCUCUAUAGGAUUUUUAAUUUUUCUAAUAGCUCAAGGAAUCGGGCUGAGUUGUUGGCGACCGUCGCAUCGCACUUCUCGAAACAAUCGACUUUAUCACUAACACCUACUAUGACCAAAGAAAACCACCGUGAUUAGCAUUGGCUUUAAGUGUUUCACAUUUGAUCGAACCAUUGAUUUCGUGUGUGCAGUGUUAAAAAAAACUUAGUAACCCAUGAUUAUGGAGAUGACGAACGAUUCCGCUGCGGUGGGGCGCUGGUACGAGUCUCCCAGGACCGGGACUUCGGCGAGCCCUGGACAGGGCAUCGAGAGUAGUAAUUCGGACAUUAAUUCCAGUGUGGCUGAGCACAUGGGAGCGUUCUUUCUCGACCCUUCCGGGUCCCAGCGUGCCGCCAGGUACUACCACCAAAGCAUGCACUCACCCUACGGCAGCCAUGCGUCAAGAAUGUCCUCCGCUCAAGUAUGCAGGCCGCACUUCCACGCGCCUCUGCCUCCUUGGUUGUCCGAUGGCGCCAAGCCCCUGGGCCACUCCGGCCCGUGGGUCCCCUUCGGCAGCGGUGAUCCGGAUAAGUCACAGUCUCCAAGCUCGGCGCCCGCUCAGCCCCACAACAUCUUCUCCUUUCCCCCAACGCCUCCCAAGGAUAGCACCCCCGACUCCGUGGCGCCUUCGGCGGGCGCGGAGUACCAAAGUGCGGUGGCCGCCGCCAUGGGUGCGUUCAUGCACGAGAACCCGCAGAGCUGCGCCCUGGACGUGAAACCGUCCGGAGUUGGUUCGAGUUCCAGCAACAAGCAGCGCGAAGGUAGUGAAUAUGAAGGGGGCUCCUCCGGCAUGUUUAAUGGUAACUUUGAAGGCUCGUACGGGGCUGCGUAUGCCCACGGUAUUCACGGGGCCGGGUACUCGUCCCCUAACAAGCAACACCUAGCCGCCGGACAGGGCGCGCAAUCUCCAAAUAAACCUCGAAACAAGUCUAGAACCAGCGCCGAGGGUAGAGAGUGUGUGAAUUGUGGAGCGACUAGUACGCCACUUUGGAGACGCGACGGGACCGGACACUACCUCUGCAAUGCCUGCGGAUUGUACUACAAAAUGAACGGACAGAAUCGACCUCUUAUCAAACCAAAAAGAAGACUGAGUUUGCAGAGCGCGGCGCGGAGAGCAGGGACCAGCUGCGCCAACUGUAAGACGACGACGACGACCCUCUGGAGGCGCAACCAGAACGGGGAGCCCGUCUGCAACGCUUGCGGACUUUACUAUAAAUUACAUAACGUUAACAGGCCGUUAACUAUGAAGAAAGAAGGCAUUCAAACGCGAAAUCGUAAGUUAUCCUCUAAAAGCAAGAAAAAAAAGAGUGGAGGUUCAUGCCUGUCACUAGGCGGCAUGAUGGGUGACAUGAUGAAGCCCUUGGAUAGUACUAAGGGUGGAUUCGGUGCUGGAGGAUUUGGUGGUGGCAUGGGUGGUGGCCAUCCGCAUCUAAAUGCUGCCCUUCAUCCGCAUCAUGCUAUGAGUCAUUGGUACCAACAUAGCACUCAUCCCCAGGGAUUUGUGUCGGGACCACCACCUCCUGCACCACCACCUACGGCAUCAUAUCAUCAUCAUAUGAGUUCUUUGAGUGCUGCUGGUUUAGGACUUACAUCAAAUGGCAUGACUGGAUGGCGGUCCGAAUACACGUGAUAAGGCGAUUUAUGCGUCUUCUAAGGAAUUUAUUUAUAAUGAAACUUUGUAGAUAUAGUCUUAAGGGUUAUAAAUUUAUACGUGAUCAUACAGAACUGGUCAACAUUUCACUGCAUAUUUGUAUUUAUGUAUAUUGUAGAAUACUAGAUCCAGCGAGUUGGUGACCAGCUUUGAUGUAUAAUUAAGUACAAAGAACGUUUGUAAUGUAUUGUAAAUAGAUGUUAGUUUGUUUUAAAUAAUUUUUAAUACAAGUGACAAUGUAAAUAGAAAAUUUUAAAGACAAUGUGCAAUCUUCACGUUAUUAUAAAAUAUUUAUAUGGGUAUAUAUGUGAAAGACGAAGUAUAUGCUGAUACUUUUGUGAGGGGCCGGUUAGAAUUUUUUAAAUUAUAUUCGCUUGCGUGUUACUCGUAGAACAACUCAAAAUUCUAAAGGGUCGCUCGAUAUCAGGUUACAUAGACUGCACAUAUUGUACAUAAAAACUAUGUGAAUGGGGUUUUCUACCAAAUUUAAAAUGAUAAAUAAUGCUUUUAGCUACAGUAACCGAACUAGUAACAGUUAUUCUCAAAAUUAACAAUUCGUAGCAAAUUUCAUGUAGGUACGUAAUUUUUGUUACCUCCUGUUAUAAUACUUUUAAUGAAAGACAAAAUAUUUACUAUUGACAAAUACUUUAAAUACUGUUUUACAUCAAACUAUUUGCAAGCAUUUUAUUCUUUAUGUUAUAUGAGAAAAAUUUUCAAAAAUUUUCCUGUAGGUGGAAAGCCUCAUACGGAGAAAGCCGACCAAUUUUUAUUAUCUUACAGUUUAUAAAUUAUGUGCAUAAACAUAUUUAUUACUAAAUCUAGUUUAAAUUUGUAUGCCCCGUAUUUAAUUGAUAAAUUAUCUUAUUGAGCAAGACUAUCUUAUUGAGUAAUUAAAUGAUUUCAGUUUACAGUACAAAUUCGUUUUUAAGUUUUUAUUCAUAUAUUAAACCGGUCGUUUUUGAUUAAAUAGAGGGCAUUCCAAAAGCCAUGUUUAUAUACAGUAUUUUGUUAACUAAUCGAUCUAAUUUAUUGUUUAUUAUUUCAAACAAAUACUGUGUUUGUAUAUGAAUCGAUUUUUUUGAUUCACGCAAAAUGUACUCAACAUAGUGUAAUUAAUAAACUUUCAAACUUGUAAAUAAAAUUUGAUGUAUGUAUAUGCUCUUUGUGUGAUAUAUAAAAUAUUUAAACCUUA